AUGCCGCGAUCGCGGGCGACACAGCGAGCGCGGAGCGUCGGGAUGGAGAGGAUACGGCUUUUGCGGCCGCCGUCGAGGCGCUGUCGAGGCGCCGACUUUGCCGCGCCCGUACUCCACAACGGCGAUUCGAAUUCGGACGAACCCAGGAAUCGGCUCAACACUCCCUUCGGCGCGAGUGGAGCUGCGAAAAUCGAAAAAACUGCGCCGCCACAAGGCAGAUCGCGUGGCGGCCACAACCGCGCCCACCUCCGUCUCCCACCGCGCCACUCUGCGGCGUUCGGGCGGUGCGAUAUCACCUUGCCGCUUGCCGCGCCGGCGAAUGAGCUCGUCGAGGAGGCGCUCGCCGGCGGCACGCGCCUCUUCGUCGCGUCCUACGUCGUCGCGGAGAAUGCGGUGGCGCUGCGCGACAGCGAUUUUGUCUUCUUCGAGGAGCUCUUCGCGAGGGCGCCCGCGGGCACUCUCUUUCUUGUGCUAGAGACCACGCAUAGGCAGUUCCCCGCUAUCGCACGCGCGGCGUGGCGUGGAGGGGGCGACGCAGUCGCCGCCGCGUGCCCCCGCGUGCGAUCGAAUCGCGGCUACUCGCUCUGCCUUUUGAAGCGUUCGGCGGCCCCUGCCGGCGUGGAAGGUGGCGAGGCCGACGCAUUCGGGCCAGAGUCAGAGGAGCUGUCGGAGCUGUUCAGCCGCUUUGAGGAGGACGACAGGCGCCAGCGGCGCAAAGCCCUGGAUGAAGAAUCGGUGGGAUAG